CCAACCCAAGCCACAGAGCCGUCCGAAUCUGCUGCCAGAAUGCGGUGGUUCUACCGCAAAGGCUCAUCGGGCUUCUCCAGCGCCUCCACGGCUGAGGAUGUCACCGCCGGCGUCGACGGCCAAGGUCUGGUCGCCGUCAUCACAGCGCAGGUGCGUCGAGCGGCAUCGGGCUGGAGACGGCGCGUGUCCUGGCGUUGCGCGGCGUGCACGUCGUCAUGGCCGUCCGCAACGUCUCCGCCGGGCUCAAGGCCAGGGAGGCCAUCGUGGCUAAGAUCCCCGUCGCACGGAUUGACGUUCUGGAGCUGGACCUCAGCUCCAUAGCUUCCGUAAGGAGAUUCGCCUCCAAUUUUGACUCUCUAAACUUGCCUCUCAGCAUUCUCAUCAACAAUGCUGGAGUGAUGACAAGGAGCUGCACACGUUCCUGCGACGGCCUGGAACUGCAUUUCGCGACAAAUCACAUUGGCCAUUUUCUUCUAACGAACCUCUUGCUAGAAAACAUGAAGAAGACAUGUAGGGACAGCGGUAUCGAGGGACGGAUUGUCAAUUUGACAUCUUCGGCGCAUUCCAUAACCUAUCGUGAAGGGAUAUGUUUUGACAAAAUUCAUGAUCCAUCUAGUUUGAACGACUUUGUUGCUUAUGGGCAAUCCAAGCUUGCCAAUAUUCUUCAUUCUAAUGAACUGUCUCGAAUACUCAAGGAGGAUGGAGUGAAUAUUUCAGCCAAUGCAGUUCAUCCUGGUGUCAUCAUGACUAACCUUUUUAGGAACAGGACUAUUGUCUCUGCUUUACUGAACUCCAUUGGAAGAAUCAUAUGUAGAACAGUUGAGCAGGGUGCUGCAACGACAUGCUAUGUUGCAAUGCAUCCUCAAGUGAGGGGGAUAAGUGGAAAGUACUUCACCAAUUGUGAUGUAGCCAACCCGAGCUCACAAGCUUCAGAUGCUGAGUUGGCCAAGAAGCUAUGGCAAUUUAGCUUGCAAAUUGUGUCUUCUUGAUCUAGUGCUUAUCUGAACAAGCGGUGCACAAAUUGAUGUGCUAAAUUGCAGAUGCUUAGGCUCUCUUCAGAACAAAUGGAAAACCAUAUGAAUUUUUUAGAUCAAAGGCAUUCACCCGGAUUUAUUAGAAAACCAUAAGUAUUUUGGAUGACUACAAUCCUGUAGGAAAAUGUAUGCCCUUUUGGAAAAAAUGAUUGCUUCCUAUGAGAUUCCUUGUAUUCCUAUAAUGAUGCAUGAAUUCAUAUUCCAAAGAAAAUUUGGAGGCAAACAAAAAUAAGGUUGGACCUUAUAGAAACUUCCCUUUCUGCUCC